AUGAACCAUGCUCUUUGUGGUGGCCCAUGGAUAUUGGCUGGACAGACCUUGGUUGUGCAGAAAUGGAGACCCAAUUUUGAUCCCAGGAAUGAAACAAUUGGGAAAAUGGCACUUUGGGUAAGAAUUUGUGGGUUACCAGUUGAGUAUUUCAAAGACUACAUUGUGACCAAGAUUGGGAAAAUUAUUGGGGAUGUAGUGAAGGUUGAUCAACUUACUCUUGGGCAGUCUAGAGGGAAGUUUGCUAGGGUAUGCAUUGAAGUAGAUUUGAGUAAACCUUUGAAACCCUUUGUCGAAGUUGAAUCAAUUGCUUAUGGAAUUGUUUAUGAAGGCAUCUCUCUCAUCUGUUUUGAAUGUGGGUGCUAUGGUCAUGCUAAAGACAAAUGCCCAUCUGUCAGGGUUGCUGCCAGUACUAGUAUGAAGCAUCAUGAUCCAGCCAAUCUGAAUUUCAAGGAGGUUAGUGACAUAAUUGAUUCUGCUAAUCCUAAUAUUCGGCAGGAUAUGGAUACCUCACAAACACUAGCUGAGGGAGAUUCUGAAGUGAACGUAGUGACUAAACCAAGAAUGGGACCCUGGAUGUUAAUGAGCUAUAGACAUAAGAAAAAGCAUACUGACACUGGAGGCAUCAAGAAGAGUUCUGGGAAUGGUUCUAGAUUUACUGUGUUACAAGAUGAAGAGGAAGUUGACCCUCCAGAACCAGAAAUUAAUGAUCAAAAUACUUCAGCUGCUAAGGAUACUCCCCCUAUUGUGAAAUUGUGGAAAAAUUUUGAAGACAAGUUGAAGAACUCUCAUGAUUUUGGUGCCUCUAAUAGGGAAAAACAAGCCAAGGUGGCCACUGACCAUAUUGAUAAGAGUACAGACAAUAGUAAGACUAAGCAUACUUCGAAGAUCAUUCCUACAUUUGGAAAAGGGAAAAUGCCUACUAGGACUCCUAUGCGUGAUGUGUCCAACAAAUUGGAUGGUGGAAAUGGUUCUAAAAAGGAGACAAUGAGCUGUGGUGAUGACUCAACUUCUGUUGCAAAGUGUGAGGCUACUAUUAGUUUUGUUGAGCAGAUUGAUGUGUUGGAAUGUGCGUGGAGCUGGAGGCAAGAAGUUAGGUCAGCUAUUCCUGAUCUCAUUUCUCUACAUAAAGUUGAUUUACUUAUUAUUUGUGAACCUAGAGUCCCUUUUGCUAGGGUUCAAAAAUUUCUUGGUAAUCAUGGGUUUCCUAAUGCUGAGAUUGUUGAAGCCAAAGGUUUUUCUGGUGGUGUUUGGGUAUUAUAUGAUAAGAAUAAAAUUGGUGUUAAUUUUGUUGAUAGUACUAACCAGUCAGUAUCUGUUAAAGUCUCAAUUGGUGGAUUACAAGAUUGGGUGCUGACUGCUAUCUAUGCUAGUCCUACUACUUCAAUUAGAUGUCUACUAUGGGAACAUUUAUCUCAGUUUUCUCUACACUGUCAAUUGCCUUGGUUGGUUAUUGGAGAUUGUAAUGAGCUAUAUAGUAGUGCAGAUAAAAAUGGAGGAUCUUUAAUUAGAAAAUUUGGCGGUAUGAGAAGAUGGGUUGACAACUCUGGGAUGAUUGAUCUAGGCUUUCGAGGUGCUGAAUUUACUUGGCAAGACAAAAGAGUUAAGGAGCGGUUGGAUCGAGGAUUUUGCAAUGAUUCUUGGAGAGUUGCUUUUCCUCAAGCUUUUAUCACUCAUCUACCUAAGUUGAAGUCUACCUCUGAUCAUUGUCCUCUAUUGCUUCAGUCUGAAUCUUCUGUAACUUCUAAUGGUGGGAUGAAACCUUUCAGAUUCCAAGCUAUGUGGAUGAGCCACUGUGAUUAUAAUAAAUUUGUUCUUGAUCAAUGGCAGAGUUAUAAUGGGGGUGUUCAACAAAAAGUUGAUUGUUUGGCCAAGGAUUUGCAGAAGUGGAAUUCGAAUGUUUUUGGUGAUUUGUUUAAAAAGAAAAGGAGGAUUUUAGCUCGAAUUUCUGGUAUUCAGAAAUGUCUUGCUAAAAGUGAUAACCCUUUCCUUGUAAACUUAGAGAUUGAGCUACUGAAGGAAUAUAAAACCUUAAGGGAUCAAGAAGCGAUGUAUUGGCAACAAAAAUCUAGAGUCAAGUGGUUGCAGCAUGGUGAUCGAAAUUCUAGAUUUUUUCACAUGUCUACUAUGAUUAGAAGGAGAAGAAACAGAAUUGAGGGUUUGUUGGAUAUGGAUGGGACUCUUUGUAAUGAUCUUGAUGGUAUGAAGUCUAUUGCUGCCAAAUUUUUUAAAAAUCUCUUCACCUACAGUUCUUUUGAUGAUCUAAGAUUUGUUAUUCCACACCUUUUCCAUCCCUUAAGUGAUAAUGAGAUGAAUUGGAUCAGUAAAAAUAUCACGAAUUCUGAGGUGAAAUCUGCUCUGUUUAAUAUCGGGAGUCUCAAAGCUCCGGGUGCAGAUGGCUUCCCUGCGUUGUUCUACCAGAAACACUGGGAUAUCUGUGCUAUUGAAGUGUUUAAUCUUGUAAAUCAAGCCUUCUGCUCUGGAGUUAUUCCCCACGGUCUGAAUCACACUCUCAUUACCCUAGUGCCAAAAACUGCUAGCCCUCAAGACAUGGCUCUAUUCAGACCCAUUAGCCUUUGUAAUACUCUUUAUAAAGUUAUUUCUAAGGUGAUGGUGGCCAGAAUUAGACCUUCCCUCAAGAAUCUCAUAAGCCCAAAUCAAGUUAGCUUUGUUCCAGGGAGGCAUAUCAUUGAUAAUAUAAUCAUUGCUCAAGAGGUUCUACAUAAGUUCCAGCACUCCUAUGGUCAAAAAGGGUUCAUGGCAUGGAAGAUUGAUUUGUCUAAAGCUUAUGAUAGACUGAAUUGGAAUUUUAUCGAGUCUGUGCUAUAUGAAGCUCAAUUUCCUAAUCGUAUUGUGAAAUUAAUUAUGCAAUGUGUAUCUACAACUAGUUUCCAAGUCUGUGUGAAUGAUGAUCUUAUUCUUUUUGCAGAGGCUAGUUGUGAGCAAGCAACUGUUCUUAAAAAAUGCUUAGAUGUUUUUUGCGCUCUAUCUGGACAAGAGGUUAGUUUCAGCAAGUCACUUCUUUAUUGCUCUCCUAAUACUUGUAAAUCUUUGGCUGGAAACAUUAGUAGAAUAUGUGGCUCUUCUCUAACUAAUAAUCUUGGCAAGUAUCUUGGAAUGCCGUUGAUCCACACAAAGGUAAAUAAACAGACUUAUGCUCCUAUUAUUGAGAAAGUUCAGAGUAGACUAGCUGGAUGGAAAAGUAAGUGUCUGAACAUGGCUGGUAUGGACUUUCUUUGGGGUGAUUCUGAAGCUAAGAAAAGGGUGCAUCUAGCCAAUUGGGAUAUGGUUUGUCGUCCUAAGGAGUAUGGUGGCUUGGGAAUCAAGAGUACUUCGCAAAUGAAUCAAGCUCUUCUUGCAAAACUUGGGUGGAGAUUAACUCAAGGAGAUAAUGGAUUGUGGAGUAAGGUUCUCCAUCAGAAGUGUUCUAGUACAAGGAGAAGUGUCCUUUUUAGUACUAAAUUGCUUAAGCAGGGAUUGUCAUGGAGGAUUGGUGAUGGUAAUACUGUGAAUUUUUUGACUGACAUUUGGACUCCAGGUGGACCUUUGAUUAAGGAUGCUGUAAGCCCUGAAAAUGUUGAUUUGAAUCUGAAAGUGAAGGAUUUUUGGAACGGUGCUGGUUGGAACCUAGAUUUGAUAAGACAAUGUGUGAGUGAGGAUUCCAUUAGCCAAAUUAUCCAAGUCCCUGCUGGUUUCCUUGGUGGUGGACAUGAUAAAUUGAUCUGGGGAGCUACUUCAAAUGGUAAUUUCACUGUUAAAUCUGCCUACCUUACUCUUAUAAAGGAGAAAAAUUUUGAUAGUUAUCCUUGGUUCUUUUGUUUAAAACUAUGCAUCCCUCCCAAGUUGAAGGCUUUUAUGUGGUGUUUAUGUCACCAAAAACUUUUGUCCAAUGUUGAGAGGGCUAAAAGGCAUAUGACUAUGGAUUCUUCUUGCCCUUUAUGCCAUGAACAACCUGAAACUAUGAUCCAUAUGCUUAGAGACUGUCAGUUUGCUCGUGUCGUUUGGAAUGAUAUUGUAUGUCUUGAUACGGUUGCUAGAAGCAUGCAGCUAGACUGGAGUAGUUGGUGUGCUGCUAAUUUACAUUUUCAUAGGCGAUGUUAUGGGGAUUUGAAGUGGAGUACUGUGUUUGUCGUCACCUGUUGGUACUUAUGGAAAUGGAGAAAUAAGGUAGUGUUUGAGAAUGACUUUCAUAUGCCUUUGAAUCCUUGCAAGGAUCAAAUGGGUAAAAUUGGGGCAGGUGGUGUAAUUAGGAGUCAUGAUGGUUCUUGGGUUGCUGGAUUUUAUGCCAACCUGGGAAGUGGCUCUGUUCUCCAAUCUAAGGCAUGGGGUCUGUUGUUGGGGCUAAAAUUGGCCUAUGAUAAUCAAUGCUCCCAUUUGUAUGUUGAAAGUGCUUCUGAAACCCUUGUUAACAUGGUAAAGAAUGGAGUGGAUGAAGUGCAUCCACUAAAGACUAUCCUCAAUUGUUGCUCAUUCUUGCAGCAAAAGUUCCUAAGCUUUGAUAUUAGACACACCUAUAGAGAAGUGAAUGCAGUUGCAGAUAUCCUAUCCAAGGAUGGGUUGCAGGCUGAAGCUGGGGUGCAUGUCAUGUUGCAUCCUCCUCCACAAGUCAUUACCUCUCUUCUUGAUGACUUGUGUGAAUUUCCUAGAGUUAGGAUCGCUCUUAAUUUACUGUUACAUAGAUGUAGAUAUGUUUGCUGUAAAAUCUUUGGUGAUGCUUUGGUGGAUAAUGCUUUUGGAAGUGGGAGGAUGGCGGUGAUGGCAAGGGAUCUUGCAGGUGGGAGUGUGUCAUAUAGCCUUACAGAAUUCUUCCCAUUUGCAUUUGCAGUAGCAGAUUCCAAAAAUCGUGUGAAUUUGGGUAGUGAAGCCUCCAUUGACCAAGAUAUCAUGUGGCCAACCAAAAAAUGUUGA